AAUUGUUAGAUUUUGUUGGAGGAGAUCAUAUUUUUUGUCACCGACUGUUUAAUUACUUGUUUGUUUUUUCGUUCGUACUUUCCAAUACCCUUAAUGUUGUUGUUAUUAAUACUGCGUCUGUUAAUGAGUGUAUUAUUGUUAGUGCAAAUUUUUGUCAUUCUUCUUUCUGUCGUGUACGUACAUGCAUUUGUUAUUUAUUUAAAUAUAAGUAAGCAUAAUGUGUGUACCAACAAUAGUUGAAUAUUUUUGUUUUUGGAUAACGGACCACUUGAUAUUUAUAAUUUGUAAAUUCUUUGUGGUCCAUAAACAUUAUUUUUUAAUUUUAAAUACAGUAGUAAUCGAACCUGCACAUGAGCAACAUCAUAUGUACGGCAAAUCUCUCGCGCAUUAUUAAAAUAUUUAUUUUUGUAAUAGGUAUUUUAUUAUAUUGCGACAUUUUUGGCGACCGUGACAGGACACGGCACUUAAGUUUUAAAUAAAACUCAAUUAUUUAAUUUGGUUUUGAGGAUUUCCUGGCCCGUAGAGCCACAUCUUUGUAGAAUUUGUGUAUACCAGUUGCACGAAUAUUGCCUUUUCGCUCCAGCAGAACCAAUUUGUGGUACUGUUGCAAAUACUUUCGAGAAAUUCUUAGAGCCAACUUAAGAGCUGUUGUUCUCCUUAGUAGAACAGAAAAAAUUGUUUUUCUGUAAUUUCAAAACCAAUUUGUAGUCCAAAUAAAUAAUUAAAUUUAUUUGAUUUCACAUUUUUUAGUAGAACAAAUCAAAUUCCUUUAUUUUGUAAUUACAAUAAUUUGUGGCUCAAAUAAAUUAAAUUUAUUUCCUAAACAAAAUUUUGUAGAAGAAAACAAGUUAAUUUUUGUGUUUCAAUAUUUUUUGUGGCUCAAGAAAUACUUGGUACAAAUAAAAGAUACAAGAUUUGUAAUAGGUAUUUUUUGAAGAUUUCCUAUAAAACAUUUUGUUAUAAAUUUUCGAAAAGUUUAUAUAAAAAAUGGCCAACAAGGACAAAGAUAUGCCAGAAUUAAAUGAUUCUGGAAGUCCAGAAUUGGCCUCUUUGAAACAACAAAGGGCCACAAUGAAAAGAAACAUUACUUGUUUAGAAAAGAAAAUCGAUAAGGAUGGAGAUACUGCUGAUACAACAAUUUUGCAAUGUCGGCUCGAAAUUUUAGAGUCCUACUUCAAACAGAUUUCCCAUAUUCAAGGGCAAAUUGAAAAAAUAAGUCCUUCCGAUGUCACUAGGAGUGACUUAGAAGAAAUAUAUAUUGCAGCCAAGGCAAAAUUGUUGUCCAUCUUAAACAAAACUCGUAGUUCGACUUCAAUGGAACAAAGUUUCUUCAACACUUCGAUCGGACUUUCCAAUCAAACUCGUUUGCCCUCGUUAAAAUUGCCUCGCUUCGAUGGAAAGUACGCAGAUUAUAAACGAUUUAUCACUACUUUCAAUAAUAUGGUUCAUGAUAAUUCGUCAAUUACGCCAGUAGAUAAAUUCAAUUAUCUGUUAAAUUGUCUUUCUGGUCCAGCCCUAUCAGUUGUGGAACCUUUCCAAGUGACUGAUGAGAAUUACCCGAAGGCCCUUGAUAGGUUGAGGGAGCGGUACGACAACAAAGUACUAAUUUUCUUGGAACACAUUACAACACUUUUCAACAUUCCUGAAAUGUCCAAAGGCGACAGUGUUUCAUUACGUUAUAUCAUAGAUACCGUUUCUGCAAUUCGUGGUUCACUAUUAUCGCUUGGAUCGGAAUUAGACAUUAUGAAUGCUAUUAUAAUUCAUAUUGUUUUAUCGAAGCUGGAUGAUAGUUCUAAACAGAAUUACGAUGAAAAACUAGAUUUUAGAUCAUUGCCCUCAUGGGACACCUGUUAUGACAUCUUGAGUCAUCGAUGUCAAUUUUUGGAAAGUCAUGGAAAGAAAAGUGAACAAAAAAGUAGUUCUACUGGCACAAAGCCAAAAUCAAACUUUUCUCGUAAUGCAAAUACUUUUCUUAGUUCGAAUACAAACACAACUUGUUCGUAUUGUAACAGCUCUGGUCAUCAUCUCGCCAUCUGUUCAUCAUUUUUGUCGCUCGUAGUUUCGGAACGUUUUAAUUUCGUAAAACGUAAUGGGCAUUGCAUAAACUGCCUUCGAAAGGGUCAUUUAGUUUCGAAAUGUCCUUCUAGUAGUCGUUGUAGGGUUUGUCAGUCCGCUCAUCAUACUUCGUUACAUAUUUUCGUUCAACCGGAAUCAGCACCAGUUAAUCCAGCUCCUCCUGAAACAUCUACAAAUAAUGCAACAUCGUUAGUAGCUCGUUCGUUCAAAAGAGCCAUAAUACCAACUGCGGUGGUUCUUAUCAAAGAUAGUUUCGGUUGUUAUCAACCUGUAAGAGUUCUUCUGGAUUCCUGUUCUGAAAUUAACUUCAUUACAGAAGAAACUGCCAAGAAACUUAAACUACGUUUUCUACCAAAUUGUCAAGAUGUUUCUGGAAUAAGUGAAAUUCAAACAAAAAUAAGAUAUUCUGUCGCUGCUACCAUAAAAUCCCGAAUUGGCUCAUUUCAGUGGUCAUCAACAUUUGCUGUAACGAAAUCUAUAUCAGCCCAACAGCCUGGUGAAAAAAUAGAUACAACAAGGUUCACAAUUCCAGAAACCAUACAACUCGCAGACCCGCUUUUCUAUAAGCCCCAACGCAUUGAUUUGUUAAUUAGUACGGAAAUAUUUUUCGAUUUGUUGCUCGAAGGACGCAUUUCGUUAGGACAUGGCAUGCCUUGCCUUGUUAAUACAGUUUUUGGAUGGAUUGUCGGUGGAAAAUUCAACGAUCAAAAAAAUCCCUCGACCCUUACAUGUAAUUUGGCCCUAGAUUCUUCAACUUCAAUUCUUGAUAACACAUUGAGAAAAUUUUGGGAAGUUGAGGAAUAUGUAAGUGGUCCUCAAACAUUUACCAAUGAGGAACAAGCGUGUGAGAAACAUUUCACCGAAAAUGUCCAAAUUAACUCGGACCGAAGAAUUCAAGUUCGGUUACCAUUUAAACAAAAUCCUAAUUGUUUAGGUGAGUCUUUCGAAAUUAGUAAACGAAGAUUUUUGUCGCUCGAACGUAAAUUGGAACGUGAUCCCACUUUAAAAUCUAUGUAUGUCGAUUUUGUGAACGAAUAUUUGGCACUUGGUCAUAUGUCGCUCUAUAAUCGUCCUCUUUCGCAUCCACAUUACAUAAUACCUCAUCAUUGUGUUCUCAAGCCUGAGAGUACAACAACAAAGCUUCGUGUCGUUUUCGAUGGGUCAGCUCGCACAACUUCGAAUCAUUCCUUGAAUGAUAUACUCAUGGUUGGCCCAACUAUACAACAAGAUUUAGUUACCACACUCUUUUCGUUUCGUUUGAAUAGAUUUGCUCUCACUGCAGACAUAUCUAAAAUGUACCGCCAAUUUUUAGUCGAUGAACGUGAUCGUAAAUUUCAAUUGGUUCUUUGGAGAUCCAAUUCAAAAGACAAACUAUGCGUGUUUCAACUAAACACCGUUACGUAUGGGCUCUCAGCAGCACCGUUUUUGGCUAUUCGAAGUUUGUUUUUUAUCGCCGAUCAGCACAGUUCAACUUUUCCCAUUGGUUCAAAGGUACUUCGUGAGGAUUUAUACGUAGAUGAUGUUCUCACUGGCUCUGAUAGUCUCGAAAUCUUAGAACUCAAGAAAUCUGAAAUUAUUAAAAUUCUCAGUAUUCAUGGUCUUCAGCUCGCAAAGUGGAAUAGCAAUUGUCCAGACUUCGUAACCAACAACGACGAAGAAGUUGCCAUUAAAACCACUGAAGAAAAUAUUACAAAAACACUUGGAAUGUCCUGGAAUCCUACUCAGGAUAUAUUUUUGUUUCGCUUUAACUUGCCCGAUGUAAGUAAUCCCACAAAACGUUCAAUUUUAUCGAUAGUAGCAAAAAUUUUCGAUUUGCUUGGUCUCUUGAGCCCUAUUGUAGUUCGUUGUAAAAUGCUGCUCCAAGAGAUGUGGGUCCAGAACAUUGGUUGGGAUGAUCCCCUCAACAAUAGUUUGACAUUGAUGUGGCUCCAAAUUAAAGCAGAUUUGGAACACAUUCAUGAAAUCACAAUACCUCGAUAUGUUUUUACUUCGGAAAACAUACUCGGCGAAAUACAUGGCUUCGCCGACGCUUCGCAACGCGCAUUUGGAUGCUGUAUUUACUAUCGCGUCUUAGAAAAUGGUUCUUAUAAAACUACCUUGUUAAUCGCCAAAUCGAAGGUGGCUCCAAUAAAAGCACAGUCUUUACCUCGUCUCGAACUAUGCGCGUGCGUAUUACUUAGUAGAACUUGGUCAAAAAUAAAACCAAAAAUCGGAAAAUUUGUAUCUUCUAUAUUCUUUUGGACGGAUUCUAAAAUUGUUUUGCAAUGGCUCAAGAUACAUUCAUCAACCCUUAAUUGUUUUGUAGCAAAUCGUGUCUCAGAGUUACAAGAACAAGCUCAAGACGUUAUAUGGCGGCAUGUGCCAUCAAAAAGUAAUCCAGCCGAUAUUGUGUCUCGUGGUUGUAGCGCUACAGACUUGCCUAGUACAAUUUGGUUUAAUGGUCCCAAAUUUAUUUUCGAAGAUGUUAGUAACUGGCCCGCAAACAUAACUGAUGAAUCCGAUGAAAUUUUGGAAAGAAGAAAAACGGCUCUUAAAUGCACUACAAAUGACAUCACCGAGUCCGUCAUAGAUGAAAUUAUAGAUAAGCAUUCGUCAUACUAUAAAAUUCUUCGGAUACUUACAUACAUUUUUCGAAUUUGUAAUAGGUGCAAGGUAGACCCUUUGUUGAAAGCCAAUAACAUCAUUCAUCUCCCACCCCAGGAGUUGGAGAACACAUUUUGGAAAUUAGUAGCACAUAUACAAAGUAAAAACUUCGUCGUGGAGUUAAACGCCAUUUUAAACAAUAAUUUGGUACAACCGUCCUUGCAAAAACUGGCUCCAUUUGUACAUCAAAUGGAAACUGACAACAAAACUAUUAAUUUGAUUCGAGUGGGUGGAAGUUUUUGUGUGCUUUAGCUCAAAGGCAACUCACUUGGAGCUCGUUUCCGAUUUGUCCACAAACAAUUUUAUACUUUGUUUAAAUCGCUUUGUUAGUCGACGUGGCCUACCGCAACGCAUUUUUUGCGAUAACGCGACAAAUUUUACAGGUGCCCACAAUAAACUCAAAGAGUUAAAAGAUAAAUUGCUCUCUAAUAAAAUCGUAUCAGAAAUCAAGACGCAUUGUACUCAAAAUGGCUUCGAAUUUUGUUUCAUCCCUCCUCGUG